UAUAGAGUCCAACCCCAGUCUCUAUGAUUACCAAAAAAAAAAACUCCGGCCUCUGUUUUAAAUCAUUCUUCAACACCAACCGAUUUUGGAAUAGAACUUGGAAGGCAUAUCGACAUGGAAGGUAGAGAUCAGCUUGGGGACAAAACAGACAGCACGGUGGCCUUCUGUGUGACGGGCGCAACCGGUUACAUAGGAUCUUGGUUGGUGAAGUCUCUCCUCCAAAAGGGCUACAAGGUUCACGCCACCGCUAGAGAUCCAGCCAAGACCUCCGAUAUAAUGUCAUCAUGGUGCGGUGGUGAUCGGUUGAAAGUAUUUAAAGCUGAUUUGCAAGAAGAAGGGAGUUUCGAUGAGGCCGUGGAAGGUUGUGAUGGUGUAUUUCAUGUUGCAGCGUCAAUGGAAUUCAGUGUACCCGUUGAAGACAACAUUGAUGGCUAUGUUCGAUCAAAUAUACUCAAACCAUCAACCAAAGGGACCUUAAACCUCCUCAGGGCAUGCUCCAAAGCAAAAUCAGUGAAAAGGGUUGUCUUCACAUCGUCUAUCAGUACCAUAACUGCAAAAGACGAAGCGGGGAAAUGGAGACCAAAGGUGGAUGAAUCUUGCCGUGUUCCGAUUGAUCAUGUCUGGAAUUUAAAAGCAAGCGGAUGGGUCUACGCACUCUCAAAGCUUAUGUCAGAGGAAGCUGCCUUCCAGUUUGCAGACAAUUACGGAUUGGAUGUUGUAUCAAUAAUACCAACUACCGUGGCCGGUCCAUUCCUCACAUCGGCUGUCCCAACAAGUAUCCAAGUUCUCUUGUCACCAAUCACAGGUGACCCUGAAUUUUAUCCAAUAUUAUCUGCCGUGCAUUCGAGAUUGGGGUCAAUCUCAGUAGUUCAUAUUGAAGACGUAUGUAAUGCCCACAUAUUCUUGAUGGAGGAAGUUGCAGCCAAAGGUCCAUAUAUUUGCUCUGCCCACAGUUGUACUAUGGGACAAUUGGUCCACCUUCUUGCUCAAGAGCACCCUUGCUUCAAUAAACAAAGGUUUUGUGAGGAAGAAAACAGCUCUGUCCGUUCAUUGAUUUCUUCCAGAAAGUUAAAAGCUCUGGGUUUCGAGUACAAAUACAGCUUAGGAGAUAUAAUCCUUCAGAGUUUAUAUUUAAGAGAUGGCGUUCAAAAUUAAACAGUGAUUGCAGCAAAUAGCCACAGAAUCCGUGCACGCAGUGGAAGCCAAAACUCAUCCAAAGGGACCAACAAAGGGGAGAGUCCCAAGUGGAUGCAGAGCUGGAACUUUGAGAAGAACAAAAAUAUAAUGGAGAAAUUCAAAGCUGGAUAGCAGUGGGAGAAACAACAAUCUGACCACUUAGAGCAAAGGCCGUUUAAGACGACUUGCUUCUUGUCCUUCAAGUCUGGACUCUGGACUAACCUUUGUCUCAUUUCUCAAAUAUCCUGCCAUGGACCACAUGCCCCUGUCAUCUGUUUGUUAGCAGGGAAUCCACGUACAGAAUGUAUUAUUUUACCUUUUUUUCUAAUCGAUAUUCAAUAAAUGUGUCCGAUCCUUGCUACGUCUAAAAA